AUGCCGCGAGAGCCCUAUCAGCGAUGCUCACAGGCUAUCCUUGAGGCGUGGCUCAAGCCGAAAAUCCAGGCACAAUCCUUGAUCACCGCUGUAUUUGGCUUAAAGUUCGAAAGCCUCGUGGAAACCGACGAUGGAGUUGAGAGCAAGCUGGUCACGGAGGAUGGCGAGGAGCACCUGGUCAAGUCGCAGUUCGUUAUUGGAUGCGAUGGUGCAGGGAGCAGAGUUCGCCGCGGUCUGGGGAUCCAACUUGAGGGAGGACCAGUGCCAGGUGCAAUGUUCCUGAUCCACUUCAAGUCCAGCGAUCUCACGAGACUUCAGACACAAGGCCAAUUCUGGCAUAUUUACUUUACGACCGGGCAAGUGAUUAUAAGCCAAGACGAGAAGGACACCUGGACGGUGCAUUGCCCGAUUUCCCUUGAUGCAGAUGUCUCCAAGCUAGACCCAAGAGAGGAGGUCUACAAGGCGCUGGGAGGGGAGCACUCUCCUUACCCUAUCGUGAUAGACGAGAUUCUUGUGACCAGUGUUUGGCGACCAAACAUCUGCGUGGCGGAGCGCUACGCGUCCGAGGGAAGACGGAUCUUCCUAGCUGGGGACUCUGCCCACCAAAAUAUCCCUACAGGGGGGUAUGGAAUGAAUACCGCUGUUGGCGACAGCUUUGACAUUGGCUGGAAAUUAGCUGCCGUGAUUCAGGGCCAUGGUGGGAAACAUUUGCUUGACUCGUAUGAACUGGAACGGCGCCCAGUUGCGGUCAGAAAUAUAGAUCGUUCUGGUGUCCAUUGGUCGGUGCACUCGCAGUAUCUGCAAUGGUGCCAACAGAAUCCCCAUGCAGUUAUUGCCCCGUCCGAAGAGGGCGAAACGUUGCGGGCAAAGAUUGCAGACUGGGUCCGUACGCACGAUGGAGAAAACAAGGACCAUGGAAUCGAGAUGGGCUACCGUUACACCGGAUCGAAUAUCAUUCUGCCCUCGGACGAUCCCACCCAUGAACCCCCGUUCCACGCGCGAGAGUAUGUGCCCACCACCUGGCCGGGCUCUCGCGUUCCUCAUGUCUUCCUCAAAGAUGGGACAACCAGCAUCUAUGACCUGCUCGGGACGGGACCCCAGUUCACCUUGGUCGAUUUUACUCCUGGCGGCACUUAUAUUCAGCAGUUCACCCGUCACGCAGAGGAGCUAAAUGUUCCAUUCAAAACGGUCCACUUACCGGAAGAGAAUCACGUUCGCUCUGUUUGGGAACGGGAGGCGGUGCUUGUUCGCCCGGACGACCAUGUUGCCUGGCGGGCAUCUGACCAAGUGUUGGAUGCUCGAACCAUUUUACAGGUCGCUGUGGGCCAAAAGGAACUGCACCAUCGGCCGGUGCAAGAGAGCAAGGAUGGCAAGAAGUUUACGGGGACGAUCGGGAAUGUGAACAUGGAGAAUGUCAAGAUGCGGGCAGAAUUCCAAGUAUAA